ACUUAUCGGAUCGACUGAGCUUCUAUCGGGUCGUCGGAUUGACUUGUCGUAUCGGAUGGCUUUAUAAUGAGAGGGUAACCGCCGAGAGAGAAAGAAAAAUUAUGGUUUAUGAUGAUCAAGGUUUCAAAACGAGAAAGAAAAGGAAAAUAGGGUUUCUGGUCGAUUUUAGAACUCAGGGAAUUACAGAGCUUCGUGCUAAUAACGUGUUGUAAAUUAAUGGGAGAAAGAGAUUGUACAUUAGGAAAAUGGAGCCCUUUAUAUAUAGGGAUUUACAAUAGACCGUCAUAGAUAAAUGGAAAGUAUUCAAAUCCUAAAAUGAUUAGGAAAAAGAAAUUCUAAGCAUACAAGAAAAAAAAAACUGUCUAACUAGACAGAAAAUAUGUCUAUUUAAUUAUGACAUUCACAAAUCGGUUCAUAACAUAAACUCCCUUGUUUUUCUAUAUUCAGAACAACAUGCUAAUCACUAAACCGUAUAUGAUAAGGAUCUUAGAUUGCAAGUUAUUUUAAAAAAAUUGGCUGAUGUUAUCCGUAAUCUAAUUAUUAAGCUAUAAUUACUUUAAACCUAAUUUAAUUGGUGAACCCGGAAUAAAAAGUCAACCAUAAACCCAUCUUCCUCCUUUUAAUAGAAACACAGGAGACGGCCUUUCUUUGCACGUCUCUCUCUUUCUAAACUCUGUCAACAUGUCAGCAGCUGUAUCUUGCUCUGCCGCCGACCUCUCCUCCCUGCUCGGUCCCAACGCCACCGCAGCAGCGGAAUACAUCUGCGGCCAACUAGGCACUGUUAACAACAGAUUCACCGAUGCAGCCUUUGCCAUAGACAACACCUACCUUCUCUUCUCAGCUUACCUCGUCUUCUCCAUGCAGCUAGGCUUCGCGAUGCUCUGUGCUGGCUCCGUUAGAGCCAAGAAUACGAUGAACAUCAUGCUCACCAAUGUCCUUGACGCUGCAGCCGGAGGACUCUUUUACUAUCUUUUUGGUUACGCCUUUGCCUUUGGCGGAUCGUCCGAAGGAUUCAUCGGAAGACACAACUUUGCUCUUAAAUACUUUCCAACUCUCACCUCCGACUACUCUUUCUUUCUUUACCAAUGGGCAUUCGCAAUAGCAGCUGCUGGAAUCACCAGUGGUUCCAUCGCUGAGAGGACUCAGUUUGUGGCUUACUUGAUAUACUCUUCUUUCUUAACCGGAUUUGUUUAUCCGGUUGUCUCUCAUUGGUUUUGGUCACCAGACGGAUGGGCCAGUCCCUUCCGAUCACCUGAACACCGUUUGUUUGGCACUGGAGCCAUAGAUUUUGCUGGCUCAGGUGUUGUUCACAUGGUUGGUGGCAUAGCGGGAUUAAUGGGUGCUCUUAUCGAAGGUCCUAGACGUGGCCGGUUCGAGAAAAGUGGUCGGGCUAUUGCUCUACGUGGCCACUCUGCUUCGCUUGUUGUCUUAGGGACGUUCCUCCUUUGGUUCGGUUGGUAUGGUUUCUAUUAGCAUAUAGAAAGUAUAUAUAAUUAGCCGUUAGUAUUCCUGUAAU